ACGCACAAACUUACAAAAUCUCGCGGCAAAAAUCGCUGUCAACGCCAUUGGCGUCUACGUGACGACGCGCCCUUCUGAGGUCAGAAAAUAAAUCGCAUCGUGAUCCGUACGCCGCCGGCCGGCGGGCGGGCGGUGCAGUGCAGCCAUGGAUUGGUCGCCGAGGUGCGGCAUGCUCGGGGUCGCCAACGGCGUGUUCCUCGGCGGCGCGGCGAUGAUCAUCUACGGCAUCGUCCAGGUGUCGCGGACGGGCGGCGGCGCGCGCGCCGUCGUCGUGCUGGCCCUCUUCUUGGCGCUCUGGGUCGCCGUCGGCUCGUGCGUCUGCGCCUCCUUCUGCGGCGCGUUCUUCCCGUGGGUGCCGUCGGUCGCGCUGUGCGCGCGCCGCGCCCGUCGGGUGGUUUGCUCGCCCUGCUUGUGCGUCCUCAGGCUGCUCCCCCGCCAGAACGGCGACGGCGGCGGCGGCGAUGUCUCUGGUCUGCCGCAGUCUGUAUCAGAAAGCCAACGGAGCCAACUGGACGUGCUGCCCAGGGGGCUUCCGGCGCGUGGAGGCGGAGGCGCGCGGGUGGCGACGGCGGACGACAUCCCGGCGUCGGCGUACGAGCAGGAGCAGACACAGCGUGGGGGCGCAGGCGAGGAGGGCGCGGCAGCGGCGACGGAGUGCGCGGUGUGCCUCGGCGAGGUGGAGAAGGGGGAGAUGGUGAAGCGGCUGCCGGCGUGCCAGCACGUGUUCCACCAGCGGUGCAUCGAUCCAUGGCUGCGGGGAAACUCCACCUGCCCGGUCUGCCGGUGCGACGCCUUCGCGGCGGCGGCGCCGCCAUUGCCGCCUGACAUGGUGUAGCGGGUGACAUUAUCUACGGAGUGAUCUUGCUUCUUUUUUUCCCCUUUCUUGUGCAUUAGCAGCUUUUCUGUUUCUGAACGAAAAAGAUAUAUGUGUGUAUAUAUAUUAGCGAACUACAAGGUCUAAAAUCAACUCUAAAUUUAUAUUUUAAAAUUUAAUUUUAGCUUAUAAUAUAAGUAGAAACAAAAAGACAUUGUGUAAGGGCCUGACUAGUGAAAUACGAGCGCUGCAAUGAAUCCAUCCAACUGCCUCUUGUUUGUGUUCUUUUACUCUUGUCAAAAUUUGAUAAAAUUAAUUAGUGGAUUCAAUUAAGAAAAAAACCCAUCGAUAUAUGAAAAG